AUGGCCUACUCCGCCCUCCCUACUUGGCCAUUGAUCCUCUUCGGCAUACUCGAACCUGUUGCGCUGUGUGUAAAUUUUCGUGUCUUCUGGGCCUACGAGAAACGGCUUGUGCUGACGGUCGGCAGUAUAUGGGGCUACAUAACGGUUUUGCGUAGUCCAGCACAGUACUAUGCCGAUCAGACUCCGAACGCUGAGCUGUCGAAACUCGUCUUCACCUCUCAAGCACUCUCGUUGACCCUGCAGCUGGGUAAUGUCCUGUUGUUGUUGGCUGCUGUCGCCAUCAUCUGCUGCUGGACUAUCCAUCCAGAAAUGUCGCGGAGAUACUUAAUCGUCGUUGCACUCGCGGAUCUGGGUCAUAUAUAUGCUGCAUAUCGUGGUCUGGGUGACAGUACCUUUUGGGACCCGACACAGUGGAACGAUAUGGCUUAUGGAAACAUUGGAGCCAGUGCAUUUCUGCAUAUCAACAGGUGGUUGACAAUUGCCGGCGCGUUUGGAAAACUUGGUUCCCUUACCCGUGAUGGCAGAAAGAAGCAAUAG